AUGAUGGACGCGUUUGGUAUUUGCCGCAUCAUGGUGUACUACACACUCAUCGGGACUUUGAUACGAUUUAGAAAGGAGGAAAUGGCUGUGAUGGGAAAUAUUGAUAGUAUGUUCUACCAAGUACGUGUUCCGCCACAAGAUGCUACUUUUCUACGAUUUCUCUGGUGGAAAGAUGGAAAUCCUUCCAGUAGUUUACUAGAGUACCAGAUGAUCGUGCAUUUGUUUGGAGCCACAUCUUCUCCUAGUUACGCCAACUUUUGUUUACGAAAAACAGCUCAAGAUUGGCCAGGACAUUUUAGUGAUGAGACAAUAAAAACAGUUCUUCAGAAUUUCUACGUUGAUGAUUGUCUAGAGUCAGUGAAAUCUGUAAGAAAUGCUGUGACAUUGGUGAAAGAGUUACAGGGACUCUUGGAAAGUGGGGGAUUUCAUAUAUCAAAGUGGAUCAGCGACAGUCGAGAGGUCAUGUAUUCGAUACCAAAAUCCGAUAGAGCUAAAGAGGUCAAGGACUUAGAUCUUGAUUAUGAUAUACUACCAGUAGAGCGAGCCCUCGGCAUCCAGUGGUGUGUGAAUUCUGACAUCUUUCAGUUUAAAUUAGACUUCAACAAGAAACCACUUACGAGGCGGGGAAUUCUGUCAAUGGUGAGCGGUGUGUUUGACCCACUGGGAUUCUUAGCUCCACUACUACUCAAGACCAAGAUCAUUCUGCAGGAAUUGUGCAAACUUCAGCUUGGAUGGGAUGAUAAGAUUCCUAAUGAAACUGCUAUUCAGUGGAAUAAUUGGUACCAAGAUCUCGAGAAAUUGAGGGACUUCAAAGUGAACAGAUGUCUGAAACCUUAUGGUUUUCAUCCGCUCAUGGUACAGUUACAUCAUUUUGCUGAUGCAAGCGAAACUGGAUAUGGUACAGUGUCAUACUUGUGCAUGGAGAACGCUUCUGGUGAACGUCACUGUUCCUUUAUUAUGGGAAAAUCCCGCGUUGCUCCACUUAAGACAACAUCUAUUCCACGAUUGGAGUUGACAGCAGCCACGGUAGCCGUCAGAACCAAUAGGAUGUUACUUAGAGAAUUGAACAUUCCUGUCCAUCGUAUUACAUACUGGACCGACAGCAUGGCCGUUCUACGUUAUAUCCAAAAUAGUACGGCGAGAUUUCAUACUUUUGUUGCAAACAGAUUAGCAGUUAUUCACGAAGGGUCACAACCAACUGACUGGAGAUACAUCAACACAAAGUUGAAUCCAGCGGAUCAUGCAUCUAGAGGUAUCUCUGCAGAUGGCUUAUUGAAACAGGAGAACUGGAUCAAUCCCCCCAAUUUCCUGUUUGAGUCUGAGGAUCAUUGGCCAACACCAGCUUCACACCUCACUGACACAGAACUGUUCGACAACGACCCAGAGGUGAAAAAGGUUACUGUAAAGACAGUUGUCACAAAGUCACAGGAAUUACAAGAGAAUACCGCAGAUAUUAACAAACUGUUUCAACAUCAUUCAUCUUGGUAUCUAUUGAAACGUAGUGUCACCUGGAUUUUGAAGGUGCGUAAAGAACUGUUAAGACGUGUUUAUUUAAAAAGACUCGAUUCCCACUCAAUGGUACAGGAUGAUUUUCAUGACAAGGCUUACAUUUCAUACGAGGACUUGAAAGAUGCAGAAAAAGCUUUACUUGCGUUCAUUCAGUGGCAAGAAUUUUCUACGGAAAUAAAUACCCUUAUGUCAAGAAACUCUAGUGUCAGUCAUGGUAGCAGAAUCCGUAGCCUUGAUCCAUUUUUGGAUGCUGGUCUUUUGCGAGUCGGUGGUCGUUUACACAAGUCAAGUUUUCCAGAGGAGAUGAAACAUCCAGUGAUUCUACCCAAAGAUCAUCAUGUGUGCACUCUAAUUCUUAACCAAAUUCAUCAGGAUUUGUUACAUAGUGGCAGAAAUCAUAUGCUAGCUAAGUUGAGAGAACGUUACUGGCUUAUCCAUGCUCCAUCUGCAAUUCAGAAAAUCAUAUCAAAGUGUGUUACUUGUAGACGACAGAGGUCUAAGGUUGGAGAGCAAAAGAUGGCAAGUUUGCCCAAAGAUCGUAUUGUCCCAGACGAACCACCAUUUAGCAGAGUUGGUGUGGAUUACUUCGGACCAUUUGAAGUCAAAGUGAAACGGAGCCGUGUGAAACGCUAUGGUGUUAUAUUCACUUGCUUAGCUAGUCGUGCAGUGCAUCUAGAGAUAGCAGCUUCGUUGGAUACAGAUUCCUACAUAAAUGCACUACGUCGUUUCAUAGCAAGAAGAGGACAAGUAAAGAAAAUACGUUCUGACAACGGAACUAACUUUGUUGGUGCCGAACGUGAACUUAAAAAAUCCAUACAAGAAUGGAACCAAGCACAGAUCCAAUCUGCGAUGUUACAAAAGAACGUAGACUGGCAGUUUAACCCACCAGCUGGAUCACACUACGGGGGAGCCUGGGAGAGGUUAAUUAGAUCUAUUCGUAAAGCCAUGAAUAGUGUACUAAAGGAGCAGACACUUGAUGAUGAAGGACUUCAUACUCUAAUGUGUGAAAUUGAAUAUACACUCAACGACCGACCUAUAACGAAGAACACGGAUCAACACGGUGACUUGGAGCCACUUACUCCAAACCAUUUGCUUUUGAUGAAGAGGAAACCUAACCUUCCUCCAGGAGUCUUCGAUAAGACAGAUCUGUACCACAUUUGCCGUUGGAGACAGAUACAAUAUAUGGCCAACUUGUUCUGGCAUCAUUGGGUACGCGAGUUCUUACCACUUCUCCAGGAACGACAAAAAUGGCAUGAUAUCAAGACAAACUUUCAAAUCGGUGAUAUUGUGUUGGUUGUGGAUUCGAACGCCCCAAGGAACUCUUGGCCGAUGGGAGUAGUACAUGAGACAAUUCCUGACAGAAACGGACUCGUACGUCAGGUCAAGGUGAAAACUGCGACAAACAUUUUAACGCGACCUGUCGAUAAGCUGUGUAUGAUACUAGAAAUGGACUAA